AUGGGGAUCGUCAAUCUCAUCACAGAUGCUGUGAUUAUCGCAUUGCCCAUGCCAUAUCUGUACAAAUUACGAAUAGCCUGGCGCAGGAAGCUAGCCGUUAUGGCUUUACUCAGCAUUGGAGUCGGAACCUGGGCCAUCACCAUAUACCGACAAACAUUGCUACCCAAUCUAGACUUCACGGAUAUGACGUACGAAGGUGUGCUCGCCACGAUACUUUCUGGACUGGAGCCUGCUGUCGCAAUCGUCCUGGCGUGCAUUCCGCUCAUGCGUCCUUUGUUCAGCAAUACAAGGAACGCCGCCAACUCCAGCUUUUCUUACGGAAGUAGCACGCACACCAGUCUUUUCUCGAAGAAAGGAGGCAGGGCACAUGGCCUCGACCCGACUGCCACGUUCUCGGAACUGAUGGAUGACAACGAUGCUUCUUCACAAAUCGAGCUACAACCUAUCAAGGCUUCGCAAAUAGUUCGUGUCUCAUCUGUAUGCGGUCAUCACAAACAGGUACCAGCCAACCCAAAUUACGCCAUCACGGUCGAGAGGAGAUGGGAAGUAAGAAGAGACUAA